CUCGCUCGUACAUCAUACUACUAUGGUUUAUUUACGAAAAAUAUAUUUAGCUGUGGUACACUUUGUGUGAUUCGCAUCUCUUCCGAUGAUGAUGGUUCAAAAACUGCCAAUUCUCGGCAAGGGGCCAGGGGUUUCUCCGUCAUCAUAGUAAGCCACGGAGUAGUUUUUGGUUCGCACCGUGGAUGGAUCGUCUUAAAAUGUUCUAACGUAGUUUUUGCCGACUGUGCGCCGCGUAUCACUGAUGGGGUGUUGACCAGUAGAGCAGGUUACUACGUUACACAUUUACUAAGUGCGCAAGCAGUGAUCAACGAGGAAAAAUUGCGCAACGCAAUUCGCGGGCUAUGAUCAAUUGCACUUUUCGUUAUUAACGUUACGUUACGAAUUUCCAUUCUUCCUGUUACUCUGUUUAGUUGGCUGUCGUACGGAUUGAAUGACUGAUUGAGAAGAAGAUUGAUAUGUGUGUCUAAAUGCAUUCCUGACGAUAAAAGGUUAAAAUAAUAUUCUAGAAGUUCAUCGCAAGGAAGAAAAACUUAUUUUGAAAGGAAAAUACGAAGACUGUGCAGUGGAGUCAAAGUGAAUUGGUCGUGUUAUCAAUCGAGAAAUCAGUGAACGGUGAAAAGUAAACAACAAAGUCGAAUGGUAAAUAAUCUCGACAACAAGUGUAAUAAUAAGAAUAGUAUCAUUUAUUUAAACAAACGUACUGUUGUUAUGAUCCCAAAAGUUGAUUUUACUCAAUCAUGAGCUUGCAGUGAAUUGGUGUUGGUUCGCAACGUCCUCAAAGUGAAAAGUCAAUUUACAAAAAUAAUCUGAGGCAAGUGAAGAAUACGAGGCAAGUAAAGAAUACGAGGCAAGUGUAUCACUUUUCUCACUGAAAAACACGGUUUCGCGAAGUGGAUUCCGGUUGCUCGAUCUUGGAGAGAGGAUCGUGUCACGUGAUGGACUCGUUUGGUUCGCCGUGGCCAGGUUCGCCUAGAGGCUCAGGCCUCGAGGGUCUCUCGAACGAUGGCAUCCCGAUGGAUGCGCUGGCCGAGUUGCAGGAUGGGGCUUUCGAGCCACAAACACGUGCUCGUUCCAACACAUGGCCACUUCCGCGGCCGGAUAAUUUCGUUGAACCAGAUGCGGAAUCAGAAAGCAAUAAAUGUAGCACCCAGCAGUUGGCAAGUGCAGGUGCCAAUGCAAAUCAACCACAAUCGGCCGCAUCGUCCGGGUCGGCGUCCGCUAAGAAGAACUCAUCGCGUCGCAACGCUUGGGGUAACCUAUCGUACGCUGAUUUAAUUACACAAGCAAUUAGUUCAGCAGGUGAUAGUCGCCUAACGCUCAGCCAGAUCUAUGAAUGGAUGGUGCAAAAUGUGCCCUACUUUAAGGACAAGGGCGAUUCGAACAGUAGCGCAGGAUGGAAGAAUUCAAUCAGGCACAAUCUCUCACUUCACAAUCGCUUCGUGCGGGUGCAGAACGAAGGAACCGGCAAGUCUUCCUGGUGGAUGCUGAAUCCGGACGCGAAACCGGGCAAAUCGGUCCGUCGGAGGGCGGCCUCAAUGGAGACGUCCAAGUACGAGAAGCGGAGGGGCCGGGCGCGGAAACGGGUCGAGGCGAUUCGGCAGCAAGCGGCCCUCGGCUUAGCAACAAAUCCCCUGAAUGACGCCACCCCCUCGCCAAGUAGUAGUGUUAGUGAAAACCUUGAUUCAUUUCCGGAAAGUCCUCUGCAUAGUGGAAACUUCCAACUAUCACCCGACUUCCGGCAACGUGCCUCGUCGAAUGCAAGUUCUUGUGGUCGAUUGAGUCCGAUCCAGUCCAUCGUCGGAAUCGAUAAUACGUGGACAUAUCCGCCGGAACUGGCCGAACUGGCCGACAAUCCGGACGCCGCGGAACAAUCGGUUGAACCCGUUCUGGAGCUGAACGCCCAAGGUCAGGCACAACUGGAUCUGCUGGCCGGAUCGUUGGCAGAUGAACUCACCCUGCAGCAGACGAAUGAUUUCUUCAAAGGAUUCAGUCAAGGGACGACGCUUCAUAGCCAACCUCCGCCACCAUAUCAGGCACCGCAGCCCUACUCCCUGCACGCAACAGUUGCCCAGCCCUUCGGAUUUCCGCCGCAGCAGAACCAGUGUCCCAUCCAUCGCCACCAACAGUGCACCUGUAUGCUACAAAACACCACCCGCGAGAGUAUGUCGCCGGCUUCCGGAACCGGAAUGUCACCAUCGUACCCGCACAGUGAACCAUCGCCGGACUACGCCAUGCUUGUGGGAGCCCGCGUGAUACAGAGGACACCCUCCGCCAGUCCACCGCUGACGCCCAACACCGUCUGUGGGAUGGUGACAACGACGUCGCAGAAUGAAAAUACUCCACAGACACUGAUGGGCCAGUUCAUGGAAGCGCUAAACAAUCAGACAAACAUCGACGAUAUCAACAUCAACCUGGAAUCGUUCCCCGGAGGACUGGAGUGCAACGUUGAUGAAGUGAUAAAACACGAGCUUAGCAUGGAAGGAUCGUUGGACUUCAACUUUCCCAUGUCGAACUACAACAGUACGUACACGCCAACGAACAGUUCCAACUCGCAGGAUUCGACAAUCAGUGCAAUAGCGGCCACUCCGAAUCAGGCCACGGCGCCCCACACGCACGGACAGUACACGGCGCGGACCAGCGUUACGCCCCCAUCCUGGGUUCACUGAGGCUGGCUGUGAAUUGGAGUGCCACAUCCACGUGUCUGCUAAAAACGGGCAGCAGCGGUGAGUGUGUUGUUUUUCUCAUUUCUUCAUUUCUACUUCGAAUGGUUCAAUGAAAAAUGAAAACGAAAAAAUAGUAGAGAAUCCGAUCGUUGGUUGAUGCCAUUGCUUCGGCUUUGUGAAGAAGUAACUGUUUCUAGUGAAGCGAUUUUUAUUUAAAUUUUUGAAUGAAUAAAUUGGUUUGCUACGCUGAACAAA